AUGGUUCAGGAGAAUUUCGAUAUCGUUAUUGUUGGCGCCGGCCCCGUUGGCUUGCUCUUGUCCUUGUGUAUGUCCCGUUGGGGCUACAAGGUCAAGCACAUUGACAACCGACCCGUCCCUACCGCCACUGGUCGCGCCGAUGGCAUCCAGCCCCGUUCCACUGAGAUCCUGCGCAACUUGGGACUGAAGCGUGCUAUCAUGGCCUACGAGCCUGCUAAGGUCUACGAUGUUGCUUUCUGGGACCCCAAGGCCGACGGCACUGGAAUUGCUCGCACUGGAAGCUGGCCCAGUUGCCCCCGCUUUAUUGAUACCCGUUAUCCUUUCACAACCCUUGUGCACCAGGGUAAGAUUGAGCGCGUCUUCCUGGAUGAGAUUGAGAAGGCUGGUUCCCACGUUGAGCGUCCUUGGACUAUCAACGGUUUCAAGAAUGAUGGCGCCAACGCCGACUACCCCGUUGAAGUAAGCCUGAAGAGCAUUGACACAAAUGUUAUCGAGACUGUACGCACCAAAUACUUGUUCAGUGGUGAGGGUGCUCGCAGCUUCGUUCGUGAGCAGCUCGGCAUCAAGAUCCACCACAAGGACCCCAUCGCCUACGUUUGGGGUGUCAUGGACGGUGUCGUGCGCACUAACUUCCCCGAUAUUGAGACAAAAUGCACUAUCCACUCCGAUGCUGGAUCCAUCAUGGUCAUUCCCCGCGAGGACAACAUGGUCCGUCUCUACGUCCAAAUCGCUCAAUCCAGUGAUGCCGACUGGAACCCCCGCAAGACCGCCACCGCCGAGGAGGUUCAACAAGUUGCCAAGGACAUCCUCAAGCCCUACUGGGUCGAAUGGGACCGAGUUGAGUGGUACUCAGUUUAUCCCAUCGGCCAAGGUAUUGCCGAGAAGUACACUCUCGAUGAGCGUGUGUUCAUGGGAGGCGAUGCUUGCCACACUCACAGCCCCAAGGCCGGUCAGGGUAUGAACACUGCUUUCCACGAUGCCUUGAACAUGGCCUGGAAGAUCCAUGCCGUGGAAAGCGGCCUUGCUGACCGCUCCACUCUGAGCACCUACGAGACCGAGCGCAAGGAUAUCGCCGAGACUCUGCUAGACUUCGAUGCCAAGUACGCCGCUUUGUUCUCCAAGCGCCGCCCCAACGCCAGCGAAGUCUCUGCCAGUAAGUCUUUGGACACCGAUGAAGAGGAAGAUGAGUUCGUCAAGACCUUCAAGUCUUCUUGCGAGUUCACCAGUGGAUACGGAGUUGCCUACAAGCCCAACGUCUACAACUGGGAUGCUAGCCACCCCGCCAAGUCUCCUCUGUUCGACAUUCCCAGUGUCAAGCUGACUCCUGGCCGUGCUAUCACUCCCAGUAUGGUGACCCGUUUGGCCGAUUCCAACUUUGUCGAGCUCGAGCAGGAGGUCCCUGUGAACGGUUCUUUCCGCAUCUUCAUCUUCGCUGGUAACCAGCAGAAGACCAAUAAGGCCAUCAACGAUCUCGCUGCCAACUUGGAGAAGGAGCGCUCCUUCCUCUCGGCCUACCGCCGCCCUGACAUUGCGGACCUCUCCUUUUUCGAGCGCCACAACCCUCACUCCAAGCUCUUCACCCUAUCCGUCAUCUACGCCGCUGCCAAGAACGAGAUCGAUGUGGACUCCAUCCCCCAAAUUCUGCGUGACUACCACCACCACCUGUACGCCGAUGACCUUCCCGAUGUCCGUGUCCCCACUGCCAAGUAUGCUGCCCACGAGAAACUUGGCUUCGACCCCGAGCUAGGAGGUGUCGUCAUUACUCGGCCCGACGGCCACGUUGCCGCCACCGUGAAGCUGGUUGAGGGCAGCGGCACCGCCGACGCUCUCAACGAGUACUUCAACUCUUUCUCAACUAAGCCUCUCGGUCAGGACGCCCAGUCCCCCCGUUUGUAA